AUGGAACUGAAUGAAAGGAUAAUAAUUGGGCCGGAGUUAAUUCAAGAAACAGAGGAGAUGGUUAAAAGGAUUCAAGGAAGAUUGAAGGCAGCCUUUGACAGAAAAAAUUCAAACGCGGAUUUGAAACGUCGAGACAUUGAAUACUUUGUCGGUGAUAAGGUGUUUCUUAAGGUGUCACCUUGGAAAAAAAUCUUGAUGUUUGGUCGGAAAGGAAAAUUGAGCCCUCGUUUUAUUGGGCCAUAUGAGUUCGUGGAAAGAAUUGAGCCAGUUGCUUAUCGGUUAGCUGUACCUUUGGAACUACAGAAAAUCCAUAAUGUUUUUCAUGUUUAUAUCCUACGAAGAUAUAGAUCGGAUCAUUCCCAUGUCAUUUCUACUAAAGAUAUAGAAAUUCGACCUGAUUUAUCUUAUGAAGAAUAA